GAGUUUGAAAUGUGGAAGACUCCGGGUUAUAUUUUUUCCAUUUAUGUGCGACCAGCGUGCUGGUGGAAAGCGCCAUUUCUCAGCUCGUCAUUUAACUCCUCUCUCUCUCUCUCUCUCUCUCUCGCAAUGGCCAUGGCUAGGGCAAGCUCCGGCCUGGCUUAUCCAGAGAGGUUCUUCGCUGCUGCCGCUUAUGCAGGCUUUGGAGGCUCGCAAGACCCAUCAAAAGCAGCGAUCUCUCAUUUCGAAAAUGAAAUUGCUCUCAUACUCUAUGCCCUUUAUCAACAGGCUACUGUGGGACCUUGUACAAUUCCAAAACCCCGAGGGUGGAACCCUGUUGAAAACAGCAAAUGGUCAAGCUGGCACGGGCUUGGUACCAUGGCAUCAACUGAAGCAAUGCGCCUUUUUGUGAAAAUUUUGGAGGAGGAAGAUCCAGCUUGGUACUCGAGAGUGCCCGAACAUGUUGUUGAACCUGUUGUGGAUGUUCAAACAAAUACUGCACCAUUAGAAUCUGUCCUGCAGACUACAUCUUCAAAGUCAAUAACACCAAAUGGUGAUUCUUUUCCAGAGUCAAAGGCUGCUUCAGUAGAAAAUGGAAGUCAUUCAGAGACCCAGGACAAAGAUGUUGUUUUGGAAGGCUUGGGAUCAGUUGGGAUAUACGAUCAGUGGGUCUCACCCUCUGUAUCUGGCCAACGUCCAAAACCCCGUUAUGAGCAUGGAGCAGCCAUAGUCCAGGACGAGAUGUAUAUAUUUGGAGGAAAUCAUAAUGGUCGUUACCUUAAUGAUCUUCAGGUUUUGGAUUUGAAAACUCUAAUGUGGUCAAAAGUUGAGGCUAAGUUUGCAACAGAGUCUCAGGAAUCACCUAUGACCUUACCACCCUGUGCUGGUCAUUCCCUGAUUGCAUGGGGAAAUAAGCUUAUUUCUAUUGCUGGCCAUUCCAAAGAUCCUUCAGAGACUGUAACAGUCAGGGAAUUUGACAUACAGACAUCCACUUGGUCGUUCUUAAAGACGUAUGGCAAGGCUCCAGUAUCUCGUGGUGGUCAGUCAGUGACCCUCGUUGGAUCGAGCUUGGUUAUAUUUGGGGGUGAGGACCCUAAAAGAUCUCUUUUGAAUGACCUCCACAUUCUUGACUUGGAAACUAUGACAUGGGAUGAAAUUGAUGCUGUGGGUGGGCCGCCAUCUCCAAGGUCCGAUCAUGCUGCAGCAGUACAUGCUGAGCGGUAUCUUCUGAUAUUUGGUGGUGGAUCGCAUGCAACCUGUUUCAAUGAUCUCCAUGUUCUUGAUAUGCAGAGUAUGGAAUGGUCAAGACCGACACUACAGGGUGCUAUACCAACUCCACGAGCUGGGCAUGCUAGUGUCACAGUAGGAGAAAACUGGUUUAUUGUUGGUGGAGGUGAUAACCAGAGCGGGGUCUCUGAGACUGUUGUCUUAAACAUGUCGACUCUGGUUUGGUCUGUUGUGACCUCAGUGCAAGGACGUGUUCCACUUGCAAGUGAGGGUUUAAGCUUAGUUUUAAGCUCAUACAAUGGUGAGGACAUUCUGGUUGCUUUUGGAGGGUACAAUGGGAGAUACAGUAAUGAGGUUCAUGUUUUAAAGCCAAGCCAUAAGUCAACUUUACAAUCAAAGAUAAUGGAGACCCCAGUGACAGACAGUGUGGAUCCUCUUCUUCCCACUACUACCAAUGCUACGAGGGACUUCGAAUCUGAUCUUGAAACUGCUCAAGAUGGGAAAAUAAGGGAAAUUGUCAUGGACAAUGCAGAAUCAAAGCCCGUGAAUAUUAGAGAGACUGGCGAGCAAAUGCUUGAAACUCUCAAGGCAGAGAAAGAAGAACUGCAAGCAGCUCUCUCCAAAGAGGAGGUGCAGAAUCUCCAGCUGAAGCAAGAAAUAGCUGAUGCGGAGACUCGAAAUCUGGAUCUCACGAAGGAGCUACAAUCUGUUCGUGGUCAGCUUGCUGCUGAGCAAUCGCGGUGUUUCAAGCUCGAGGUUGAGGUUGCGGAGCUACGGCAAAAAUUGCAAUCAAUGGAAACACUACAAAAAGAGGUUGAACUUCUUCGGCGACAGAAGGCGGCAUCCGAGCAGGCAGCCCUUAGUGCGAAGAGGCAAAGCUCAGGAGGUGUAUGGGGCUGGCUAGCAGGAAGCCCACCUGAUGAGAGAACUGAUGAUGCUUGAGAGUUUACCGACCCAAUUAUAUAACUUUACCCUUUUUUGGCCUUUAUGUAAUUCACUUGAAUGUUUCCCUUGUACUGUAUUUUUCUUCUUGUUUCUUUUUCCAUACAAAUUGCCUUUUUCCAUACAAAUUGCAAUAAGAGAAGAUUUUUUUUUCUGGUUUGGCUGCUAGGGUGCCACCAUGGGCUGGUCGUAGUUUGUAAUAUGAGGAACUACAGUUCGUAAGUUGCCCAUUGUUACCAGCUGAUUUUGUUGGUUGUCAUUUAAACAUUGAGAAAGAAAUAUUUUGGGGUGAAUUUUGAGGUUUUCUUGUUGAUUGAA